UUCGGUUUCACUACUCCGCUACUGAUAGGAGGAUAGGAAUAACUACUAUUAUACAAUAUGUGAUGAAUAAGAAGGUUGAAUCAAUAAUAAUUAUUCGAUGUCGAAUGCCGAAACAUGUGUGUUGAACAAGUUCAGUAGUCAGUGUGAGUGUAUGACUGUGACCGAGUAGAUAUAAAUUCAAGGUAGAGUUGCACCAUUACAAAACAAAUCUCGUUCUCCAAGGGUCAACCAAAAAAUGUCAGUACCGGAAAUAAAAAAUUUGGAACAACUGUUGCUCCAGCACUUGGACAAGGGGAAAUCGAUAGUGGCUACCAAUAUCUCCAGACUCACAAGUUAUGGAGAAAACUAUGGAAGCGAAAUGCUCAAGGUGGAUUUGACCUUGAAAGACGAAACUGGCCACACCGAAGAACUGAGCGUCGUUGCCAAACUAAUCCCGGAAUCCGAGUUUUUCAGGGUACUGUUCAACGUACAAGUGAGCUUCAAGGUUGAGACGGCAUUUUACGAUACGAUUGUACCAGCUUUGCAGGAGUUCCAAAGGCAACACGGCGUUACUAAAGUUAUCGACAACUUCGCUAAGUUUUACGGAGCUAGGACGAGCUUGGAAGGUGAAGUCGUGAAUGAGGAUGCUGCGCUCAUUUUGGAAAACUUGAAAGUUCAAGGUUACGCCAACGUGGAUCGCCAUACAGGUUUCGACCUUAGAACAACCCUUCACCUACUCUCGGUCAUCGCCAAAUUCCACGCUGUGCCUCUGGCCCUAAAGCUUCAAGACAUCGAAACCUUCAACCGAAAGGUGAAGCCUUUCUUCGCCUGCAGCAACCCUCGAUCUCCGAAACCGCCUGUAGACCACAUAUUACCCAUGUUGCUAAAAGCACUGGAAGCAAAAGAGUCCUGCAUUCGUUUGCUACCCAAGCUUAGCAAGUCUUUAAAACAUUUCGGGGGUGUAGUCACUGAAGAUUUUAGAGAACCCUUCGCUACCAUUUCGCACAAAGACAUGUGGGUGAACAAUUUGAUGGUCAAAUUCGAGGCUGGUGAACCUGUGGACAGCAAAAUCGUGGACUUCCAAAUGUACAGCUACGAUUCGCCAGUUGUCGACCUCCUAUUCUUCCUGAUGACUAGUGUGGAGACUGAGGUACUCAAAGCGAACCUAGAUUGUUUUUUGGAGCACUACCACCGAGUGUUUAUAGACACUUUGAAGUCCCUUGGUUGCGAUGUGGAACCUUUCUCCUACAAAAACUUCAUGGAGGAAAUCGCUGUGGGAGUUGAAAGAGAAUUGGCGCAUGCUUGUUUCAUGUUGUGCUUUGUGGUUCGUGUGAAAAAUCCGAUGGUUCCACCUGAUGGCGCUUUUGAUGGACCACCGCCAGCCAUGGAGGAGGUUCAUUUUAGUGACGAUACUUUGGAUAGAGUUUGUUGGAUUUUGGAGGAGUGCGACAGAAGGGGGUGGAUGAAUUUCUAAUAGAAGGAUUU